UGAAUUCCGAAUAAUGCCUGUUUGUUGUAGCGUACCACACGCAAACUUCCCUAUUGAUCCGUGGCUCCCCCUUUUUCUCUUUUUUCUUUUUUUCCUUUUUUCUUUUCUUUUUUUCCCUCCUUCGCCUUUCUCCUGCAAAAUAUUGCGGCGCGAACGUCUGCCUAGGUAGGGUCCGUACUCCGUAGUUCACGCAUGGCUGUGAAUAACCUUAUCCGAAGAAUAAAAUCCCUAACAAAACAUCCCGCAUCCUAACUGGCCUAUCAAGGCCUCGCAAAGCUGCGGAAGG